AAAAAAAUAUGUAGAAAUGAUUUUCAGUAUACACACCUUAACAAAAGUCAAAACUCCAAGACAAAAAAUCAAAACAAAAGAUAUUUUGGGGCGUGUAGAGGAACUUCAUGUAUUUACUACAGUGUUAUCAUACCGUUUAUCUUGAGUACUGAUCUUUAUAGGCCUGAGAAAGACUUGUCGGCUUGUGCUAAAUAUUAGGACCUUGGUGAUCAUUGCUAGAUACUCAUCCUAGCAAUGGAUUGCUUCCGUUCGGUUUUAAACUACGCAGUCAGCUGCUUCACUUGCCAGGAUGACUCGUCAGCCCAGGGUAACGAACCAAAUGAGCGAACACACCUGCUGGACAAUCCGGUAAGCAAUUACCCAGCCGUUCGUAGGUCCAACAGUGAAGAUCUCUGUCAGGAAUUUGCAAGCUCAGUGCCGAAAAAGGAUGAUGUUUCGGCGUUGAACAAGAUUAUCCAAGAUACUGCAGCCAAUGUGAUUGACGUGGCCGCGAUGGACAUUCACAAUAUUGAACCUCAGGAGUACAACGAUCGGGUAAAGGUUUAUUCGCAAAGAUUAGCACAGCAAUGGAAUACCGUUGCGCAUCCGAACAGUGUCAAUCAUGUCGGGCUUCUCAAGGAUAUCCCGUACCCAGAAUCGAUAUUAACUACGGUGCCAAUAGAACCCGAAGAUUUAAGUAUGAUUCGCAGCAUGGUGCAAGAAGCUUUUUCAGCCGUUGGAGAAAUCAAAGUGAAACACACAGAGAAUUUAGUAGUGCCUUUUUACUUUCGAUAAUUAGAAGUUCACACACUUCAUAGCUAUAUUGCGUUACAAAACUCUUCCCAAACUUUUCUGUUCCCAUUUAAGUGCUAUCGUUCUUCCUUUUACAAUUUACUUUUUAUAAAUAUUGAAAGUUUAAGAUUUUUUGUUCGUGUUCGAUUAUCUAAGCGCAUACAUGUAAACAAGAAAUCCAACACUAAGUUAUUUCACUUUGAACCAAUUGUCCUUCACCUGCGGAAACAAAAAUGUCAUAAAAAACUCAUUGUGAUGUUCUCAGUAAAAUAAAAUUCAUAUUUCUACGUAUGAGCAUUGUAUAAA